UCCGGGCUCCGUCGCCAUGGAGACAGCAUCUUCGCUCUGGUAGGCUGAGGAAGUCAGGCGCAGGGCGGAAACGACGCCGUUUUGACAGGGCUGAGGAGAGUAAGAGGAAGGCUUUCCCAUAUUCAGGCAGACAACGUUUUAAUUGUGACAAAAUGGAAUCAGUGGAAGAGACAGUAGACCCAUCAAAGCAAAGUGAGCUCAAGAAUUUGGAAUCUGAAGAAGAACCAGCAUACUUCAACCCUCUCCUUAGAGCUGCCUUAAAUAAUGAUACAGAGGAAGUACAACAUAUUUUUGAGGACCCAGAAGAUCCUGAUCAUGAAAAGGCUACUGAGUUGAUAACAGAAAAGGAUAUUGUAGGGAGAGGCCUUUUGUAUGCAAUUUGUAUGGCUGGGAAGAAUGAUAUUAUCCGAACAGUGGCAAGAUAUGGGGUUGAUCUGAAAGAAAAGACAGUCAGAGGUUAUACACUUCUCCACUGUGCUGCAGCCUGGGGUCAACUAGAAACUUUGAAAACUCUUAUAGAUCUGGAAGCAGAUAUUUAUGCAACUACUUUCCGUGGUGAAAAGGCCAGAGAUAUUGCUUAUCGUUAUGAGAAGAUGGAGUGUGUUGAAUUCUUGGACUGGGCAGAAGCCAAGCAGAAUUUACGAAACUUGAUUGCUCAAAUCCAAUCAACAGUCACAGAUCCUGAGAAAGUUCUGGGAAGACUUAAUAAGGAAGAUAAGAGUACAUCUCUCAAGGCUUGCCAGGCCAAGAAUGAUUGGAUUGAAAAUGCUAAGGAGCCUACCAUGCAAGAUUUCUUGGAUCAGAAACAGCAACUGGAGGACAUCAUGCUUCCUGUUUUCACAAAGUUGGCUGGACCCCCAAACCCACAAAGCAAGUCACGUAUUUCCACAAGCAAGGAAUGAAGAGCUAAGUGUUGUCUAAAGGCAGUCCUGCACCCUACUAUAGAGGAAACCUGAAGCCAGCUCAAUAGUUAACAGAGACACACAUAUAACCUUCUGACUAUGAACUGAUGAUUGAGGCAACUUUUGAUUUUGUUAAUGUUUUUGGUAUUUUAGCUACAAUAUUGUAGUGUGGUCUGGGACAAAGGAGGUUCAUGGGGAUAACACCAUGAGUUACCCCACUGGGUGAUACCAAUUCUAGGUAUGUAACUAAGAAGAAAGGCAGAAUAUAAUGUCAAGAGUACUUACAACAC